UUUUGGACCACCCCCUCUCCUUUGCACUAGCAACCCAGUUAGCUCCUCUCCUCCCUCUGAUCCGCUGCCCUGAGUUCUCCCACUGAAGAGCAACAAGCAACUGACAUGAAAGAGAAAGUGCUGCACACUCCAGAUGGCUGCCAGCCAAGUCCUCCAGCGGGGAAGCGGGAGAUCCAGUGCUUCAGGUGUGGGCAUCAAUGCAAAGGGGAGGUGCUGCGGGUCCAGAAUACUCACUUACACAAAAAGUGCUUCACCUGCAAGGUGUGUGGCUGUGACUUGGCCCAGAGCGGCUUCUUCAUGAAGAGCGGCGACUUCCUCUGUCCGCUGGACUUCCAGAGGCUCCACGGCACGCUCUGCAACAACUGCGGGGAGUUCGUGGAGGGGGAGGUGGUCACAGUCUUGGGGAAGACUUAUCACCCAGCCUGCUUUGUGUGCACCAUUUGCAAGCAGCCCUUUCCCGCUGGGGACUGUGUCACCUUCAGUGGAAAAGACUGCCUCUGUCAGCGCUGCAUUCAACCUGUGUCUCCUGCUCCGACCGACGUGAAGUACUCUAGCAACUGCACCGGCUGCGGUAGAGACAUCAAGAACGGCCAGGCUCUGUUAGCUCUGGGCGGCCAGUGGCACCUCGGCUGCUUCAAGUGCAAAUCCUGCAGGAAAGUGCUGAGCGGAGAAUACAUCAGCAAAGAUGGGUUGCCUUACUGUGAGAGAGACUACCAGAUUAAGUUUGGGAUACAGUGUGAGGCAUGUCAUAAGUUUAUAACAGGAAAAGUUCUGGAGGCAGGAGACAAACACUAUCACCCGAGUUGUGCAAGAUGCAGCCGAUGUGACAAGAUGUUCAAAGAGGGAGAAGAGAUGUUUCUGCAAGGGUCGACAGUGUGGCACCCGGACUGCAGAGACAACAGCAGGACGGAGGACAGCUACAGGCCCACUAGAUCCUCCUCUGAAAGCUCGUGCUCCAGGCCGGGCUCGUGCACCCCGGGGAGUCCUGGUCGAACGAUCUGCGCAAAAGUAGAUAAUGAGAUCAUUGACUACCGAGACUUAGCGGCAAUUCCCAGAGUCAAGGCUAUACAUGAUAUAGAGUAUCCUGAUAUGAUAUCCUAUAAGUCUGUGAACAACAACCCACCUGCUGUGGACAACAAAGGCAGCAGAGAGGACAGGUCAAACCCUGCAGAGUCAACAGGAAACUUAUCAGAAACCACAGAGGAGGGCUUCGAAAUGAGGAGGAACAUACCGAAAUCCACAAGCCACGGAUCUUUUGGAGUUCACACCACGUACCAACGACACAGCUACACUCCAGGUCUGUCCAGAUCGCCACAGCACUUCCACAGGCCAGCAUUGAUGCUUUCUCCCACUUUAUUCUCUGGCAACAAUGAAACCUGCUCCACUUCCCCUUUAUGUCCUCACUUUCUCCCUCAAACCAAAGAUGAAGGCUUUCACAUGUACAGGAGGCCUCCAAUUUACAAACAGCAAGAUCCAAAUUCACCCACAUCCCAAGCUUUAUCUUUGCCCGGAUACGGUCGCAACGGCCUCGAUCCGCCUCGGUCAGCUGAUUUCUCCCACUACAGUGAUGACAGAUUCAGAGAUUUUAAGCUCACCUGUGACAGUCCACAUCCAUUAGCCAGACUGGACAGAGGAAUGUCCAUGCCUAAUUUGUUGGAACCAAAAGUCUACCCAUAUGAAAUGCUCGCCGUGAUCAACAGAAGACGAGUGAAGCUGCCGAGGGACGUCGACAGAACGAGACUGGAGUGCCACCUUUCCCCGGGUUCUUUCUAUGAGAUAUUUGGCAUGGAGAUCAAAGAGUUCUACAUACUCCCACUCUGGAAACGUAAUGACAUGAAGAAGAGUGCAAAUCUCUUCUGAUUGCUGCCUAAUGCACGUCUUUAUUUAUUGGACAUUUAUUCACCAACAUUAGAUCAGCACAAAUCACAGGCUUGCAGCGGCCACCCAGCGAGUCCGUGGAGGUCAUUGUGAUGAAUGAUGGUUAAAGUCCAAUAACCUCAACGCAGAUAUGAACACUGGAACUCAACUUAGCUCUAACCUUGGCUUCAGUGAUAUAUAGCCUUGAUUUGUUUUUCCUUCAUCAGCCCUGUGUCCCCAGGAAUUACGUUCAUAUUGGACGAUUCAGCUGAAUUUAUGUUUUUGCACAUUCUUCACAAAUGGAGAAUGUUGUGUGGUGUUCAUAGCUUGGCAAAACAUAAUGUGUUUUUUUAUGCUUUGCAACCUGUUUCAGACCGAUGGAUGAAGUCAAACCUUAACCUAAUCUGACCUUUACCAAGGGAUCAUAUUAACCGAUACAAAAAAGGUGCCACUUGUAUGUUUUCACAGCCCUGAUGAGGGCGCUAGAUCACUAAAAUCCUCCCAAGGUAUGAGGGUUAGGGUUUGAAUUAUUCCUAAAAUAUCUCUAAACAUAUUUACAAGAUUUUGGGUGAGGUAUGCUAAAGGUUAGGAUCUCUAAAAUUAAAAAAAAUAGCACUUUACUGCCUGCUUUCAGAAAAAUUGAGAAUACCUGACUAUAUAACACACAGUUUGAGAGUUUUUAAGCUGUUUAAAUUCAGACAGAUUCAUGUACAGAUUGGUUAAAGAUAUGGGUUUUCCAAUCAACAGCCUUUGGUCCAGCUCUUUGUGAAUAAAGCUUCCCAUGAUACCUGAUUCACAGUGUAUAUCGACUACAGAAUGGAUUUUACCUGCACACUCCACAUUGUUACUUUGUAUGUGAUAUAUGUUUUGUUACUCUCUUAAUACUCUGAACAAAGAACAAAUAAAAUUGUUUACCAACUUAAAAUAAUUUCAUCUAAUAGUGACAUACAAAUGUAUUGUUUUUCUUUAUAGUUUUCAAUUGUGUUUAUAUAACUUAUAAUGUUAUUUGAACAAACUUUAUUUACUUGUGUGUUACUAACCGGUGUCUUUUUUCAAGUUGGUCUAACACUUUCUAAUGAACUUAUUUUUUGUUUUCAUGUUUCAACAUGUUUAAGCACGAUCAGAAUAGAGCAAAUAUGUGAGAACUAUAUUUUUCUGUCAAUAGAUUAACACAAAUUUGCUUUUUUGACUCGUAAAUUAAUUAAAAUGUAUUUUUGAUUUAUGUUUCACCCUGACUCUGCUGUGGUAAACUGUAUCUGCUAUACCUUAACAUUGAUGCUUGUUCACACCACCUCAAACGAUCUAAAUAAAGAUUUUUACUUCCUAAAAGUU